AUGCCGAGAAAAAGUGAUUUGGCUAAAAUAGAAGAAGUUGGGAUAGAGGUAGAUGGGGAUAUGAGUGACAGUGACGGUGAGAGGCAGGCAGCUGGAAGAGGAGGUGCAAAGGGAAGAGGUAGGGGGAAAAAAGCAGCCAGCGAGGAUGAAGAUGAGGAGGAUGAGGAAGAUGAUGACCCUCCCAAGAGACGCAGGGGAGCAAACAAGAAGAAGCCCACCAAGAAUCGUGGCGGCAGCGAUGAUGAUGAGAGCGAGGACGAGGCUCCCAAGAAGAAGCGAGGAGGCGCAGCCAAUAAGAAGAAAGGAGGCAAAGUCCAGGACAGUGAUGAGGAGGACAGCGAUGUGCAGAAAGGAAAGAAGGGAAAGAAGGGAGGAGGAGGAAAGAAAGGAGGGAAGGAGGAGGAGGAUAAGAAGGGUAAGAAGGGGGAUGCCAAAGGCAAGGAGAAGGGGAAAGAUAAGGACAAUGACAAGGACAAGAAGAAGAAGAAGAAGAAGGACGGCAGCUCGUCUGAUUCCAACUCUGACUCAAAUGAGGAGGAGGAGGAGUCCAUGUCAGAGGGAGAGAUGGCCCGGCUGAUGGAGGAGGUGGAGGAGAAAAAGAAACUGAUCGCCACCAUCAGGAACAAGCCGUGGAGGAUGAAGCGGAGGCUCACGCACUUGAAGGAGGCUCAAGCAUUUGUGGAUAAGUUUGAAGGCGCUUUGGGCAAAGGAAAAGGCAGGAAGUGGUACGCCUACAAAGUGAUGAUGACAAAGAAAUGGAUCAAGUUCCAGAGGGAUUUUGAGAAUUUCAGAACAGCCUGUAUCCCCUGGGAGAGGAAGAUCAAAGAGGUGGAAAGUCACUUUGGUUCUUCUGUGGCGUCUUACUUUAUCUUCCUGCGCUGGAUGUACGGCAUGAACCUGGUCCUUUUUGGUUUCACUUUUGGACUGGUGGUCAUCCCUGAGGUUCUGAUGGGCCUUCCCUAUGGGUCUAUUCCCAGGAAGACUGUCCCCAGAGCAGAGCAGGCCACCGCUCAGGACUACUCUGUCCUCAUGGACUUCAACGGCUACUGCAAAUAUUCAGUCCUGUUCUACGGAUAUUACAAUGACCAGAGGACCAUCGGCUUGCUCAAGUUCAGGCUGCCUCUGUCUUACCUCAUGGUCGGGAUCGGCACCUUCGGCUACAGCCUGAUGGUCGUGAUCCGCACAAUGGCCAAGAACGCUGAUGUCGGUGGUGGAGACGGAGAGGAAGGAGAGUUCACGUUUGCCUGGAAGAUGUUCACCAGCUGGGAUUACCUCAUAGGCAACUCGGAGACCGCUGACAACAAGUACGCCUCCAUCACCACUAGUUUCAAGGAGUCCAUUGUGGAUGAGCAGGAGAACCAGAAGGAUGAGAACAUUCACCUGCGGAGGUUCCUCAGAGUCCUGGCCAACGUCAUGAUCAUCUGCAGCCUCGGCGGCAGCGGCUACCUCAUCUACUUCGUGGUGAAGAGGUCUCAGGAGUUCGCCAACAGGGACGACCUCAGCUGGUACGAGAAGAACGAGCUGGAGAUCAUCAUGUCUCUGCUGGGUCUGGUGUGUCCUCCUCUGUUUGAGACCAUCGCCGAGCUGGAGGACUACCAUCCUCGAAUUGCCCUCAAAUGGCAGCUGGGACGAAUCUUCGCCCUCUUCCUGGGAAACCUCUACACCUUUCUGUUCGCCCUGUUUGACGAAGUCAACACCAAGCUGGAACAAGAGGAGUCCAUUAAGAACGCCACCAUCUGGGCCAUGAAGGAGUACUACGAAAACUACACACGUAUGGUUAACGACACCGACGCCAUCCCACCCCCCAUGAAUCCUGCUGAUGUUAUCAGAGGACCCUGUUGGGAGACCGCUGUCGGCAUAGAGUUUGUGAAGCUGACGGUGUCGGACAUCCAGGUGAGCUACCUGACCAUCCUGAUUGGUGACUUUGCUAGAGCCGUCAUCGUUCGCUUCCUCAACUACUGCUGGUGCUGGGACCUGGAGGCUGGAUUUCCCUCAUAUGCAGAGUUUGACAUCAGUGGUAAUGUGCUUGGAUUGGUCUUCAAUCAAGGAAUGAUCUGGAUGGGUGCAUUUUAUGCUCCUGGAUUGGUCGGCAUCAACGUGCUCCGCCUCCUCAGCUCAAUGUACUAUCAGUGUUGGGCUGUAAUGGCCACCAACGUCCCCCACGAGAGAGUCUUCAAGGCCUCCAAGUCCAACAACUUCUACAUGGGACUGCUGCUCCUCAUCCUCUUCCUCAGUCUGCUACCUGUCGUCUACACCAUCAUGACCCUUCCACCCUCAUUUGACUGCGGCCCCUUCAGCGGGAAGCCGAAAAUGUUUGAUGUGAUCAUGGAGACGAUCGACCUGGACCUGCCAGCCUUCAUGGGGACAAUCUUCAGUUAUGCAGCUAACCCAGGCCUCAUCAUACCAGCUGUACUGCUCAUGGUACUGGCCAUCUACUAUCUGAACUCAGUGUCUGAGGCCUACCAAAACUCCAACAUGGAGCUGAAGAAGAAGAUGCAGAUGGCUCGGGAUGAAGAGAAAAACCGGAGGAAUAACACAGACAGCACUAACCAGGUCAUGAAAGACUUGGAGGACCUGCUACCGAACCGAUCCCUCGCCCCCCCCUCUCCUCCACCUGAGCCUGAAAAGACACCAGAGCCGGAUGCAAAGCCAAUGAAGACCAAGCCCGGGUCUGCCGGUAAAGGCGUUAACCUGCAGAAAGAUGUGGCUCUGGCAUCACCUAACCCCAACGCUCGAGGGCCAGUGAACCGGCCACCUAGAGGACAAGGACCUAUGCCAGGCCCGGGUGUCAGACCGGGCCAAGGCCGUGGGAGAGGGCCCCCUCCAAGAUAACAGUGUGAGAAAAUCACAUUCCUGCAGGCUGUGUUCAUCCCUUAGACAAUCUGCGUUCAUUUCACAGCUGGAGACUUAAAUAGGCACAAAGCAAGGUGUUGAGAUUGUGGCAUUUCAGUUACAUUUUACUGUUCAUUACUGACAUUAACAACAAUUUGUCUUGAGUAACUUACAACUCAUGAAGGAAGAUUGUGUUGUUGGUCCACUCUUUUUUUUUUCCAACUUAAGUUGAAAAACGUACGUUAUACGUUAACUCACACCACACAUUUAAAUUGGCCUUUCUGCACGGCCAGAACCUGCGACUUUUAUGCUUACACUGUAUGGAUCAAUUGACCAGCCGCAACAUGGGGGCUCACAAUGAAAGUAAGCACUGAACCCCUUUGUCCAGUGACAAUUCCAAAAAUAUUUCAGAACAAUACACAGCUGGUGCAGCAAGAUGCAGACAUACAGUUUAUAUAUAUGUUUUAUUAUAUUAGCCUAUAUAAGUUCAGUUUCAGUCAUGCCUGCCUUUUACUAACCUGUGUGGGACCUUGCUUUUAUGUUUACUCUUACAUUUAC